CUGACAGUAAUAUGCCCCCAGGUGAAGAUCAAACCCUGCUGUAGGGACUGGAGAGCAGCCGCGCUGCUGCUGACACUGGUCACUGCAGGGGCUGUGGCUGGAGGGUUUCUCGGCUUCAUGUACAGCCCUCCCAAGACAUUGCUGCAGAUGCUCCGAAAGACCUCAAGCUCCACGAUACCCUGGUCCAACCAAACUACUCUAGUGGAUGUGGCCCAGAACAUGGCAACUAUCAUGGUGACUCCGCUUCAGAGCAACCACAGCUGGGCCAUACUGUUUGACGGACAAAGUGGCUACAUCUGUUACCGCCCUGCAGAGCACCAGGCCUGCUUCCUCCGUCUGAUGGAAGCCCAAGAUCGGGAGACCUUACGGCUGCUGGUGAACACUUCCAGGGUGAGCAGUACUACUUGGCUUGCCAAUCACCCCCACCCCCCAAGGCCAGGGGACAAACAAAAGGUCCUCUGUGCAGCCCAACUGGGCCAGCCAAGGCUCUGGUUUCAGGGGAACAGAAAGCUCUAUCUUCUCCUGACUAAAACCGUUGACAAGAGCAGGUGGAAGGGCCAUCAGGCUGGGGUGGGACAUGAAUGCCCUACCCAGUCAGGAUCAAGAAAGUACUAUAUGGUGGCCCAACUGAGUCUUUCUGCAGGCCCAAGAGUCCCAUAUACCUGGCCAAGACACCCACUAUGCCCAGGAGCUGCUGGCAGUUUUGGGGGGACAUACUGUGGACCCUGCCCGAGCAGGAGCUUCGGUGCAACACCUUUGCUUGAACACUCCCAUCUACUGGGCCCAACGAGCAGAGGGUGAGUCGGCGUAGGUUGAGCAAAGAGGCCUGUGGCUCCUGAAGGACAGUACUAGUUGGAAGCCCUUGGGAUUAAUGAGUUCCCUUCUCCCCAGGGCCCCAGAGGCAGCGGCUGAUCUACCUCUGCAUUGACAUCUGCUUCCCGAGCAACAUCUGUGUGUCUGUCUGCUUUUAUUACCUUCCAGACUAAGUCCCCUACUGACCUGCCUUUGGUCCCACAGGCCAGUCCUGUCCCCACAGGUCAGCAAGCUGGUUAGGUCACCAGCACCAACAAAGGACAGCUGACAGUAGGGACAAAUAAACCCAGAUUACCUGGC